GGCUUUUCUGUCGUUCAAAAAAGCCGAAGCCUUAUAUUCUUUUUUAACACCGUUUAAUUUUGGAAUGAUUGUUAGGGGGUGGUACAGUUCUUUUAUUCUUUACGCAUUACGACACUCGUAAGCAAAAAUCCAUGGUAAUGGAUAUAAUAAAAGAUAGAAGGGAUUUAAUUCACAAAGCAUUAGAGGCCUACAGAAAGGUGAAAUAAUUAAUACAUUAGUGACGUAACAUCAUGGACAUAUUGUCGGAUCUGUCGAGCUUCUGUACUAGUUAAUUGCAUGCAAGAUAUAUGUUACAUUUCGAAAUUGUACGUGUGGUAACAAGAGAUAAUGAUCUAAAAGUGUUAGUGACAGUAUAUGCAUAAGAAAAUUUUACACCUCGGUAUAAAAAGAAUUUUGAUGCAGCACAAAUGGACGAUCAUGGUGUGCUAUAAAUAGAAGUUGCUUGGUGAUGAUGUCAAGUGAUGGGGUGGGGUCGUGGCAAUUAUUGGUCGACGUUGAAAGAGUUUCGAGACACGAUUGGUCGAUUGUAUAAUCAUUCUGGGUGGGAUAUGCGCGGAAGUAUUGCGCAGGAAGGAAUCUGCCAGUUGACCAUCGGAUUUACGACAUGAUCCUAUGUUUGUACUUCGAUAUGCGCUAGAUCGUCCAGAAUAACAUCAAAAUGCCACGUAUAGAUCCUCUUUCUUUACUAAAAUGUCUUAGUGUUUUACUGGGGCCAACUGGAGGUAUUAAAAGUAAAGAAGAAGUUCAUCGGUUAGCCAAUUUAAUGACAAAGUUCUCGAAAAAGCUUGUUUCAAAAUGCAUAUACAUACAAAUAUUGAAAACUACAAACACGGAUUUACUUAGUCAAUUUAUGGGUGCUGGAGGCUGGAAUCUCAUUCACAUGUGGCUUACAGAUGGUAUUCUUGCAAAAAAUUGGGCUCUCAUUCAAGAACUACUUGAACUUCUACUGUUAUGUCCAGUAGAUAUUGAAAGAUUAAAAAGCAACAAUUGUCCAAAGUUGAUCAAGGGGCUGUCAAAAGAAGGUAGUCAUCAGGGGGUCAGAGUUCUGGCAAGUCGAUUGGUAGAACAAUGGCUGAAAAUAGUGAAGGGAGAAGCUGCUCCGAAUUCUGUGCCAGCACAAAUCAUGACUGUCCCAGUGCAAAACUCUGGAACUCUCGGAGCGAAUAUUGUAUCAGUGCAGCAGCAACAGCAACAGUAUUCCAUUCAAUGUGGUAUUCAGCAAGUUUCUGAUGGCACAGAAAGUGCAACAGUGCAUGUGCAGGAUCUACAGUUUACUUCGAAUUCCUCGCCAUCUAUUGCAGUAUCUCACAUUCAGCAGCAGCCACAAAUACAAGAACAACACCAGACACAAGAAAGGACAACCGUGCAACCCUUGCAACUGCAGGUUGUUAGCAAACCUCAGCAAGUGCAAAUUCAACAGCAAUUAUCUUCACAGCAAUCGAAAAAGCCAGCAUUUGUUGUGGUAUCUACAUCUUCACAAUCUCCAAUUCCUGUGUAUAAGAUUACGAUUCGUGAAGGCAAACAGAUUCUCACAAAAGUGGAGCCUGAUGCUGCGAAUAUUAGUAGUGUUUUAAAUGCGAAUAGUACAAAUGUAGAAAUUAAUGGAGAUGUAGAUGACUCGCUUUCUGUGAAGGAGAUAACAGAGGGAGUAGAGUCUACAGAACUCAGUGAUGGUGUAGUCAGUGGUCAAGACUGUAAAACGGAUAUUGUAGAAUCUGAAAAAUUAGACCAAGAUUCGAGUGAAGUGAAACAGACUGUAAUAGAUUCCACGGACACUGGCGACGUGGACGUUGUUAAAAGUAAAGAAAAUAAAGACUCUAAAGACACUGUUAGUAGUGAAAGUAGUAAAUCUAGUAAUAAAGAAAAUCGGGACUCUUCGAGAAAAGAUGAGAAAAAGUCUAGUAGUUCAGACAAGAAAAAUCAUCAUAGUUCUUCAUCCUCCAAAAGUUCUUCUAAGCAUACCUCGAGUUCCAGUUCGCAUCGUUCUAGUUCCACAUCAAAGUCUAGUAGUCAUCGUUCUAGUUCUAGUAGUAGUAGUUCAAAAAGCUCUAGUUCCAAGGAUAAGUCUUCCAAGGACAAGGACAGGCAUCAUUCAUCCAAUUCAUCCAGUAAACAUAGCAGCUCCAGUAAAAGUAAAUCUGACAAGGAAAAAGAGAAAGAAAAGCAGAAGAAGGACCAAGCAGAGAAAGAUAAAGCAACAUUGGAGAAAGUGCAAGGGCAGGCUUUGAGCUCCAAGUUGGGAAAAAUACCGAAAAAGAAGUCUGAAGAAGAGAAAUCAGGGGAUGCGGCUGUAAGGAAGUCGUCUACGGAUUCUAGGGACAGCUCUAAAGAAAAUAAGACUGAUUCGAAGAAAGUUGCUGCAAUCCCGGAGAAGAAAAAUAUUUCUAUUUCUAUCGAGAGUAGGAAAAAUUCUCAGGAUUCUACGACACGGCCAAAGACUGUGAAAACGUUUAACUCCAAAUUCAGGUCUACCGGCUUAGAGGAAGAAGUAAAACCUCCACCACCAAGAUCAGCAAAAAAACCAAAUCCUAUCAUUGAGAAAAAGGUCAUACCGCAAAAAUUACCUGCUCUGAAGAGGCCGUCCCCGCUUAGAGAAGCUAUCCCAACAGCAGAUAAACGGGCUAAGUUAUCUUUGGACUCACCAACCACACCUCCAGGCGAAGAAAAGAAGGGAGGCAUUAAGUUGAUACCACCAAAACCAAAACCAAUGAUAUUGCAAGAAAGCGAUAUGUUUAUGGAUGCUCUGACGGCGUCAACGAAGAGCAAAGAACCGCGGAAGAGGAAACGUAGAACCUCGAUUACAAAGGACGGUCCCACGGAAGCCAAGAAACAGGAGACUGCCAUUAACGAUAAUCGAGAUGUUACACCUCCACCCACCUCACCACCAAGUGCCGAUGAAAAAUCACCUAUAGUUGUCAAGCCUAACUUUAAGUUUUAUCAGGAUACUCUUGAAACAGAUGAGGACAAGGAAAAGGAGAAAGAUAAUUCGGAUGACGAAGGUAGAAAAGAGAAAGAGGAGGCGGACGACCAGAAAGAGAAUAUGAUAUUCAAAUCGGAUAUUGAUGACGAGACUGGAAGUAACACGCCGACGCCCGAAGACGAUAUGGAUGAGAAAACUUCCGAUUCGCCGGAAGAUUCUUCCGUAUCCGAUUCAUCGAAAAAAGAAAACGCUGGUUCUUAUCCGGAAAUCCGUUAUGUCGACGGACUGAGGAGCGUUUUGCUGCAUCAGAAACGCAAAGGCCCGAAGAAAGUACUGAAAUGGAAAACGGACUUGGAAUCGGUGCGUUAUUUCGAGUUGGACGAGACGGAAAGGGUAAAUGUGACGAAAACGUUCACCGAUAUGAAACAAAUGGAGAAACAGAACGAAAGAGAAGCAUUCCAGAUGGCCAGAAAAUUAAGUAACGAGGACUUGAUGGAAGAAAGAACGAGAUGGAAACCUUUAAUUUCGAUCGAUCUACCUCCAGCCUUGGUAGAAUCUGGAAAAGAUAGCAGAGAAAAAGAUAUCCAAUAUGCUCGGGAGAAAGGCAUUUUACAAGCAUUAUACUUCAACCGGAGCAUGAUCCCAGACUCUGCGGCAGAACCUGACGAAGAACGCCAUCAUGUAUAUAGCGAUCCAAAAAUCAUUCCUUUAGAUGAUCUCACCGGAAACAAGGAAAGUGAGAAAGACUUUACUUCCAUGGCGUGGCCAGAACCGAAACCGCAGUUACAACCUCCAGUACCAGCAGUUUCAAACUUCCAUUAUCCAACGUUCUCCCAUAACCAACAGCCAGUCAUGACGCCUAUGGGUCCUCCAACGACGAUGGGUCCAAUGCCUCAAAUGUCUCAACAAAUGAUGGGACCUGCUCACAUGGGACCGUUAGGACCUGAAAUGGGUGGACCAAUGCCUGCGGGAGGCGGAGGCUGGAGAACGGGAGAUGGAAAAGUUGUUGUACCUGAUGGCAUGGGUAUGAACCCUAUGGGGAAUAUGCCUAACGCGUUUCCACCAGGUAUGGAGGGUGGUCCGAUGGUACCGCCUGGAAUGAUGGGACCACCACCUAUGUACAAUCAACAACAAGAGGGCUAUGGAAUGAUGGGACCGGAAGAUAUGGGCUUCAAUAAUAUGAAUCCAAACAACUUCCAAGGCCCACCGGGUCCCAUGUACGGACCUGGGCCGAACUUUCAAGGUCCUAGAGGUGGUGGCCCAAUGCAUGGUAGAGGUAGAGGAGUACCUGGGCCUGGUUGGUACAGAGGUGGUGGGGGACCACCUGGAAGAGGUGGAUGGAGAGGUGGUGGUGGCGGAUGGAGGGGAAGUGGGAAACAGCCGCCGGUGUGCAGACAAUUUUCAAAGAAUGGCUACUGUCGAGUCGGUGAUAAGUGUCAAUACCUUCAUCCCGGAGUAAACUGUCCGCCAUUUUGAGAGGUGUUCAAAUAACCCAGGAAUCGACUACAAUUUCGCAGUAAAGUGAUAUAAGCAUUCAUUCUAUGCGAAGGAACUUUUUAGAAUGGAUGAUCGUAUAGAGAUAAGAACGUUGUUCAAUCGAGAGACACGCGUCGGACGCGAUAAUCAAUAAUAAUGUGCAAUUUUUUAAUAACAAUGCUAUCAAAGAAAUUUGAAUGCAUCAAAUAAGAUUUGUACAGUUAUAUUUUCACGAAUUCAAAUGAUACUCUAAUAAUUCUCGAUUUGUUUGGAUUAAGUUAUGUAGGAGGUAAAAUAUUAUUGAAUACUACAUGACAAAUUUAUUUACUCGCCAACAUCAUCGGCAGAGGAUUUCAUUAACAGAAACUGCUUAAAAUUUUUAAUGAAAAUGUAAAAAGAAUGAUAUAUAGGUUCAUCGGCUGCUGGACGGCGAGAGGUUCCUACGAUACAUUGCAUUUUAUUAUAAUUUGGUAGAAGAUCGCAACUUUAAAACAACUGAAAAAAUACUACAAAUUUUUAUUACGUCUUCCUUUUACGUUCACGGUAUACAGACAGUAGCCACUGCCGAGAAUAUGUUGAAAUAAAAAUAAUUGGCAUGACAACUAGUGAUUUCAACGUGUGUGACGUUAUGGAUUAAAAAGUGUAAAAUUCCAAUUUAAUGAGCAUUUGUCUUGCGAGAUUGUCAGAUGGGUGUACACUCGCUUUUUACUAAUGACAACAAAUCUGUGUGAUCGAGGUUGCUAUUAAGACGAAUUACGCGUAAUAUACAACAGAACAUUGUAACACCAAAAGUUCAAAUAACAAGUUAAAUAACUUUUUAUUAACUUAAGAUGUCUCACAUUUAGUCGUAUAUGUAGAUCUAUUGUAAAUAUCAUAAUUGUAUCAUUUUGUAUAAAAAAUGUCGCUAGUUCUAAUAACAAGAGACUGUUUUAGGCUUAAAUGGUAUGUAAUAAUAUAAAAAGGAUGGCAACAAUUUUUAGUAAAAACUGUGUACGUAUAAUUUAAUGAAGUGAUCCGUGAUCUAUAGAGCGCAUUUUCGGUGAUUCGUUGAAUUUGCGUUCCAUGAUAACGGAUGGCCGAUACACUAUUAUUGUAUUAAAUAUUUUUUACGAAUUGAAGGUAGUGGUUAUUUUUUGUAUAUGAUUGAUCGUUACGUUUGUAUAUAACAUUGAUUGUUGUAUAAGAGCUGCUUGAUGGAAUAUAUAAAUCAAUAAUUAUUUUCUAAAAAAA